UUGUGUUCAAAGCAGACCCCUUUUCUCAGAAACGAUCACAGACCACAAAACGAGAGAGCGAAAAAAGCUUAGAGAGGGAGAAUCCAUGGCGGCCAGUGGAGUACGGAGGAUCAAGCUCGGAAGCCAGGGCCUUGAGGUCUCUGCGCAGGGCCUUGGUUGCAUGGGUCUCUCCGCCUUCUACGGCGCUCCAAAGCCGGAAUCCGACGCCAUCGCUGUCCUUCACCACGCCAUUAACUCCGGCAUCACCUUCCUCGACACCUCCGACAUCUAUGGUCCCGAGACCAACGAGAUUCUCCUUAGCAAGGCUCUGAAGGAUGUGAUGAGGGAGAAGGUUGAAUUGGCGACCAAAUUCGGAAUCAGUUAUUCAGAAGGGAAAAGAGAGAUAAAGGGAGAUCCUGCAUAUGUGAGGUUUGCCUGUGAGGCAAGCUUGAGACGUCUUGGUGUUGACUGCAUUGAUCUUUAUUACCAGCAUCGGAUAGAUAUCCGUGUCCCGAUUGAGAUCACGGACAUGUCUGAACUUGAAGAAGACAACUUGGAUAUGAAGUAUUUGGCUUGUGCUGUUUUGUUUUGGUCUGUGCGUGUUCUGAGCUUAGCAGUAUCAAUGCUGGUCUUUUCCAAGAUGGGAGAACUCAAGAAACUGGUCGAGGAGGGUAAAAUAAAGUAUGUGGGUUUAUCAGAAGCUUCUGCCUCGACUAUCAGAAGAGCACAUGCUGUUCAUCCGAUAACCGCUGUCCAGUUGGAGUGGUCUUUGUGGUCACGAGACGUGGAAGAAGACAUCAUCCCUACCUGCAGGGAACUUGGGAUCGGGAUUGUUGCUUACAGCCCUCUUGGACGAGGCUUCUUUGCAUCGGGACCCAAGCUUCUUGAGAAGCUAGAGCAAGGCGACUUUAGAAAGAAUCUGCCGAGAUUCCAAGCGGAAAACUUGGACCACAACAAGGUUCUCUACGAGAAGGUAACUGCCAUGGCGGAAAAGAAAGGUUGCACUCCCGGGCAACUAGCACUGGCAUGGGUUCAUCAACAGGGAGAUGAUGUGUGCCCUAUUCCGGGAACCACCAAGAUCGAAAACCUCAACCAGAACAUUGGAGCGUUAUCGGUGAAACUCACUCCGGAAGAGAUGGCUGAGAUCGAAGCCAUUGCCCAACCCGAUUUCGUGAAAGGGGAAAGGUACAUGUCCAGCAUGCCUACCUACAUGCAGUCUGAAACUCCACCAUUGUCUUCUUGGAAAGCCUCUGCGUAAACCUCUCUCUCUGUGUGUUGAAGAAUAAGUUAUAGCUUGCAAGUUACUUGAGUUGUUCUCUGAGAUUAGUCUUCAAGAAUAAACAGCACGAGCUGAUUGUUCAUGGAAUUUAUUCUGUUAUUGAGUUAAAGAGGCUUCGUUAUUAUAUAACAUCACGAGAUGAUUCUUCA